AAUUGAACUCCCAACCUCGUUGCGAUCUGCGUCUUGUCAUCAAUUUCACAUUUGUCCUUCUCUCUGCCUCUGUUGCCGCGUUGCUGCUGCCACGCGCAUGCUGCGACAACAGUUCUCAUUCUGGCCCGACGCGCUUUUUCCGCUCCCCUCCUAUGCCGCCGACGUGCGGCAUUGCCGACCGACCGGUAAUCACACCUGCGAGCGACACAAGUAACCGACACGCACCCACGAACGUCGCGAUCGAAAACAUCAUCAUUACCACCACCACUACCCGCCCGCAAGACCCCGCCACGCACUCGCUCUUCCUUUUCGUCUCCGACUAUUAAUAUACCAGCGCGUCUGGCUCGCGCUCUCCACAGCCGGCAUCGUCGCGUCCGUCGCCAUGGGUCAACCAGGCUUCGGCGGCGCGCUCGACACCCCGCGAACCAACAUUGGCGACGCGACCUAUCUCAGCCGCGCCCCCGACUUCGCCGACAUCUCACAGGAAGCUUCCUUUCAAUCGCCCGGCAAAGACGGCAACCUGCUACAGCAGCUCCGCAAUGGCCGAUCUAACGGUGUAAACCUCAGGACCCCGCGACAGAAAGGCCCACUCGCCGAUCGACGAAAUCUGCCCGCCUCUGUAGGCGGCGCCGAGUUCACGCCUCUUCUCAAGUCGGCCACGAGAAACAGCACAAGAAGGCAUGGCAAAGAGAAUGGUGCCCUGGUCCCGAACACGCCUGCGCUCGAUAGGAUUGACGAGGACGACAUGACUCCCGUUCCACGCAUUGACACUUCCGUGUACCUCAGCUCCCGCAACCAGUCCUACCUGGACCACACGCUACCUCAGGUCGACAGCAGUAGUGUUGCGUCGACUCCGAUGGCUCUGCAACCACGCCGCGGUGGCGACAAAGGCCCCUUGCAAGACGGCAACCAGUUGUCUCUGCGCGAACAGGAGAACGUCAUCGAUAGGAUAGAAAAGGAGAAUUUUGGCCUCAAGCUCAAGAUUCAUUUCCUCGAAGAUGCUCUGCGCAAGGCAGGACCCGGCUUUAGCGAGGCCGCGCUCAAGGAAAACACGGAGCUGAAGGUGGACAAGGUCACGAUGCAGAGAGAAUUGCACCGCUACAAAAAACACUUGACCACCGCUGAGCGCGACCUCGAGACAUAUCGACAGCAAAUGACGGAGCUUCAGGAAAGAUCCAAGAGGAAGCAUGUCGACGAGAACCAGCGCGCCGAACUGGAGCAGCUUCAGAAGGCACUUGAAGAGCGAGAAGCAGACAUCGACGUCCUUCAGUGCCAACUGGACCAAAGUCAGCAUGGCCAGGAUGAGAUGGAGAAACUCAGAGACAACAUCGAGGACCUGGAGGCUGAUGUGCGUGAAAAGGAUCGGCUACUCACUGAAAGAGAUGACGAGCUUGAAGAGCUCAAGGAGAAGCUCGAGGAGGCCGAAGACAAAGCACAGGAUGCCGAACGCAAAGCGAUGGAGGCCGAGGGGGCGGAACGGCAUAACGAAGAACUGGACGAAGCCAAGGAGAUGAUUCAGGAGCUGGGGACCAACAUACGCCGGCUGGAAGAGCAGUUGGAUGGCAUGAGGGAGAAAAUGGAUGAGGCUACCGAAGAGAGAGCACGAGCGGAGCAAGACCUGGAAGAACUCCAGGAAGAAAUGGCAAACAAGUCUGUCGUUACCAAGGGAUUGUCCCGGCAGAUCGAGGAAAAGGUUGCCAGACUCCAGGAGGAGUUGGACAAGUCGGGAAAAGACUAUUCUGCACUUGAGAAGCAACUCGCCCGAUCAAAUGAGGAAAACGCAGAGCUCAGAGCUACGGUCAGUGACCUUCAUCAACAGCGGAAGGCUUUCAAUCACGGCAGAGAGUCCGAGGCGACACGGAUUCAAGAGCUCGAAGCCGAACUUUUAACGGUGGCCGACGAGAGGGACUUGCUGCAGUCUCGUUACGACACAAUUGUUGAUCGGUGUACCUCUCUUGAGCAGGACGUUGAACGACUGGAAGAGGAAGUCGCAGAUCUGGAGAAGAGUCUGUCUCAAGAACGAGAGCUGGCGCACGAGACCGAAAAAGACCUGCGAAGCCAGUACCAGGACGAGAUCGAGCGGCUCAACGAUGAGGUCUCAGAUCUGCAGGCUGAGGUUCGGGAGAAGGACAACCUAUAUGAUAAUGACUGCGAGAAAUGGGAGAAUGAAAAGCAAACUUUGGAGGCCGAGCGCGAGCGGAUCGAGGAGAGAGCGGCUGGCCUCCAAAGGACUAUCGACCGGUUACGGGAAGCUGAAGGCGACCUGUCGAGUAAGGAGUCGAAGCUCAAGGACGCUAUCGAAAGCGAGACAGAACGCCACAAGAGCGAAGAGGCUGUUCUAACAAAGCAGAUCGAUGACCUCCAGGGCGCCUUGGAAACCCGCCAAACACUGCUAACAACAUUGCGUAAUGAGCUUUCGGCAGUCCGCGACGAGCUCCGCCAGACACAAAUCAACUAUCAAACACAGGUGAACAAAGCUGUCGCUCUGGAGGAUGAGGUGGAGCUCUUGCGGAUAAAGUCGCCCGCGAAAACAUCUCCACAGCUGGAGGCUGCUCAGCGCGAUUGCGAACGGCUCCGCGCCCAGCUAGAAGAGGUCCAGGCCACCGAGCGCUCUACAGAUGCGUCGGCCCGGCUGAAGUGGCAGCUGUCUGACGCUACGUCUCAGCUGGAGAAGGUUACUAAAGACAAACAUGCCCUCCAAGAGCAGCUGGCAACCCUCAACACCGAAUUGCGCUCGGCCAGGACAUCACUCGCUGAAGCCCGCGCAGAGCGUGACGAGCUUGACGACCAACUUCGACAAACGAAUUCUCACGACCACGAUACCCUGCAGAUUGAUCAGGAGCGGUUGGAUCUGCGGACUGCAAAGACGAAGCUUGACAGCGAGGUCCGACGUCUGAAAGAUGAGAACAAGUCACUCGCUGAGCAGCGCGCUGCUGUUGAAAAGACCCUGGACGACGAGAUUGAGAAGGCAGCUGCGGAGGAGGACCGACUCGGCCAGGAAAUCCUGGAGCUUCAGGCCAAACUCCGGCAGUCGUCGUCGUCUGGGAGCCAGGAAGUUGUGGCGUCCCGACGGACCAUUCGCGAGCUUCAGCGACAAAUCGCCGAUUACGAGGGACAGCUAGCCAGCGCCAGAGUUUCCGAUCAUAACAGCAGCGGAGGAGACCUUUCGAUGGUUCGGAAAGACCUGUAUGCGUCGCGUCAGAAAGAGCUCGAGUUUUCCCAACGAGAAGCUGCGCAUCGGGAUGUCGUCAAGGGCCUCAAGCGACAAAUUGCCGAUUUGGAAAGUCAGAUGCAUGAUCACGAGCUGACUCGGUUGGGACGAUCGCCGGUGCCUUCGCCCACGAAAUCUGACGGGUCGCUACACGGCAGUACCGAAGUAACAACGGCGCGGGCUAUGCAGGACUUGCGUGAACAGCUUAGCGAUCUCGAGGACCAAAAGAUUGUGCUCGAAGAAGUAUUAGAAGACGCCAGGCAGCAAGCGGAGGAGACAUCCGAGCAUUACGAGAAAGCCAUGCAGCGGUUGAAGCUCAAACUCGACAAGGCAUGUCGGGAACGGGAUGCUGCAGCCGUCGCGUCGCAGGCUGCCGGCGGCAAGCAAAGCAGGCACCUGCGUAAGACUCAGGCAGAGGUCGAGAACCUGGAGCAUGACGUCUGCCAGCAGCAAGAGCUUAUUGACGGUCUCGUCGCCUCGGAAGCGUGCCUGCGGCGCAAGCUGGAGCGCGCCCGCAGCGAACGAGCCGCGUACAGGAUGACGGCCGAAAAGCUGCAGAGGGAUAUUCAGCGGCUUAAGGGAACGACGACAGGGCCUUUGGCCAAGGACCAGCGCGCUCUCGUCAAGCACCGCGGCACGGACGAGGCUUUGGACACGGUCGUCCGCGCCGCUGAGAGCGCCGAGGAGCGCCACAAGAAGGAGCUUCGCGGCGUGGUGAUGCAGAUGGAGUGGAUGCAGGCUCGGUGGGAGCGCGAGGCGCUGCUACGCUCCGAUGCGGCUUACGCGAAGAGGUUCCUACAGCUGCAGCUUGAUGUGGCAAAUGCCUGCAACAAAGCGCAGCUCCGCGAGCUCGAGCACAUCCGCACCAACCUCCUGCACAGCCGCAAGCCCCUCGCCCUCCCCGGACCAGGCCGUGCCGGGUCGCCGACGUCGCCCAAGCCGACGUCGAUACGCCCGUUCCUCGUCGCCGCGCGCUUCAUCGCGCGCAUGCGCAUCUCUGCCCGUGGCUGGGCUGAGCAGGAGGCUGUUUGGCGCAGGCUCGUCGCCGCGACAGAGGAACAGCGCCGCGUCAAGCGCUCCCGGCAGUUCAAGGUGGUUCGUGUGGUGGAGGAGAAGAGCUGAGGAGGAUGGGGAGGGGGCGUACGCGACGCCAUGGCGCCAUUGCUUGCAAGUCCGCGUUCAAUGUGGGUUGUUGUUGUCGUCCGAGCGAGGACGGCAUGUCGAAUCAUGGCUUCUUCGUGGUUUUGUACUUUCGCUUGCGUGGCAUCAAGAUUGAUGGAAACGCGGGAGGGCUUUCAGACGGGCAUAAGGCACAGGCGUUUGGGGACCGGGACAAGGGGGGGAUGUUUUACGGCUUCACGAUUGUCGUUUGGAGCGCAGCUUUGCAAGGAAGCGACCAGGAACGUGUUAAAACCAAACGCUUUUAUGUUCCACAACGCGUUUCGCCUGAU